GAGGCGUGUGAGCUCAGUAGUUGUGGCACUCAGGCUUAUUUGCCCUGCGGCAUGUGGGAUCUUAGUUCCCCGACUAGGGAUUGAACCCACGUCCACUGGACCACCAGGGAAGUCCCCUUGGUGCUGCCUUAAAUCUUCUGGUGAGGACUGGUGAAAUUAUUAUUGAGGUCCUACUGAGCAGAGACUGGUAUCUGGCUGAGUAAUGAGACAUCCCCUGGAGAGACCCAUAAGUAUGGAAGAGGAGGGGUUGGAAAUCUGUGGGCAGGACUUUGCAGGAGUUGAGAGCCUGAAUUAUGUAGUUAAUAAGGCCUUGUUUGUAUCCACAGGCUAUCAAGGCCCAGGGAAAUUUGGGUUAGGUUGCUCACCGGUGCAAACCUACAGAGUGGGCAAAAGAAAAUAAUCAUUUUUCCAUCUUUGGUCUUUGUGCCACACUAUUAGAGGCAGUGUUGCUUAUACCCCAGAAUAGUGAAACUACUCUUUUGGUUUUUACUUACAACUCUGUGAAGCAAAACAUGAAUUUGGAAGUGGUAGGGCAGGUGGGCAGAUAAAUCUCAUUGACAUACCAUGCUGGAUUCAGAAUAACUGGACUACUCUAGGACCUGGAAUGUGGGGAAGUAGAAGAGAACAUUUAUGUCACUUUGGGCUUUCCUACUCGAUGGGAAGAACGUGACCUCUCAUUAGACCACUCAGUAAGACUGAGGAAGUAAAAGGACUUUUUAAAUCUCUGGUGGUCACAGGCUCACAUGGCAACAUUGAAGAGAGGAAAGGAGAGAAAAGAAGUCCACAUUUGAGUGCCUACUAUGGAAUGCCAGGCACCAUUAGGCUUUAUAUUAUUGUUUAAUCUUCAUAGGAGCCCUCAGAAGUAGUAUGCAUUGAUCUGUUCAUAUCGUAGGUGAGGAAACAGAAAGGUUCAAUAACUUGUCCAAAGUCAAAGAUAAAGUGAGUAAUGGACCCUAGGAUUUGAUUUCAGAUUUGUCUGACUCUGAAGUCUGGGCUUUUCCUUUCUGAUGGAGGAUGUAGCUUUUUGGGAUUGGUGUGAUUGGUCCUAUUGGCAAAGGGAAACUGAAGCCUUCAGUAAAAAUAAGGGAGAAUCUAAGGCAGUCUUAGAGAGUAAAUAGUCUGUCAAAGGGAAUGACCCUGAGGUAGGUAGAAAGCAGGUGUAAGAUAAGAGACAGAAGAGAGGAUGGUUCGUCUUGAUUAAGCCUAAUUUAUCUCUUGACCACUGAUAGGAAAGGGGGGGGCAAGUUAGUAAGAGGAAAUGAUCCAAUAGCCAAGCUUUCCAGGAUAUUCUCCCAUUUUCCCCUCAGCAGCCACCUCUGGGCAGAGGCUCAGCUUUAGCUUUGUCAUCAAAUUCUGGGCAUAGACAAGGACUUGAUUUAGGAAGGCAGGCUGGCUGUCCAGAGCAGCCUUGUCUCGUGGAAAGGACAUGUGGCUGAGUAGGGGAGUGACCAGCCAGGAGUGAGGUGACCUAUGUUUCAGUGCAGCCCAUGAGGAAGGGAACAGUAGUGGUAGGUGGAGUGAUGCUCAUUUAUUCUUGGAAGAUAAGUAUAGAUUAUUUUCUCAGGGGAGCCUGAGAAGCAUCCUUAAAGAGAGAGUGGGAACUCAGCCAAAAGAACUGACCUAAUUGGAGGUCUCAGCAAGGAUCUGGAGCUGUUUCCUGAUCCCUCGUGUCCAGGACCCUGUGGCCUGUGACUUGUGUUUUUGUGGUUUAGAGAAACAGGAUGGAAAGGCAGAGGUACCAGACCCUUUCUGGGCAUUUAACUUCUUCUGUUGGUCUGACGUGGCACUGGACUUUGUAAGAAACAAGGGGUUCAGCUGUGCAAGUUGAACGUCUUGGAUAUUUAACUCUUCUGGUUUCUCAGGCUCUUUCCGGAACCUCGUGAACUCUACGUUCAUGCUGGUCUUAGGCACUUCAUGUACAAAGAGAACCUUGUUCUUCAGCUUGUUUUGGAUCCAGGGAUCAGUCGAGGCCAAAAGAAUUAAUGUUUCUUGUAGCUGCAUUGAAACAAAGGCCCUGUGGCUGGCUCACUUCAGGCCAGUGCUGGGAGGGGAGGGGGAGCUCUGUCUACAGGCCCUUCUGGUCCCAGGGAAUGAGGUCAAGGGGACAGUGUCUACGGGCGUAUUCCCCUCUCCUCCCCUCUGACAAAGAGCACGUGGCGUGAGGAUAGGUGGGAGAGGCUUGGAGGAAGGGUUGAGAAGAGGUGGGCGGGGAUGCCUUACGCUCUUUUUCACAGACGGGCUCUUUUCCACAUCCAGCAUGUCUAGGACCAGGUGGAACACUUGUGGGCUGCGGAUCCCCAGGACACCCUGGCAGAGGCAGGAUGAGGGCGCCUAAAUAGCCGGCCCCAGGAAGAUGCCCUGUCUACACUCUUCCAUUCUAGUGCCCUUGUAAUGACCCUGUGCCUGGAGAGGAGAUAUGGCUUCGCAGCAGAGCCUAGGAUUUGGCCCUGGCAGUUCCCAGCCCAAGCCACUCACGCCUCCACCAAGUUCAUCAUUGUGGGCUUCAUCUUAAGCUCUUCCACAGUUUCAGCAACAGCCUGCCUCAUAGCCUGAAGAGGGAUUAAGAUCUCUGAGCAACAAGGAAGAGGGGCUUCAGCCAGUGGUUCCCAGUGUGGUGACUGAGAAGAUCAUCGUAAGAGUUCUCGGAAAGGAAAGUACUUUUCUGGAUACCAAAUACGCUGAGUUGGGACACGAGCUGAGGACAGAGCUGAGGGAACCACAGACGACCAACCUCAUCCCCAUCUUUAAAUCCCAGUGAACGAUUCUGCUGUGUGAACGCCUGCCCGUCUGACUCACCACACUGGCGGUCGAGAGGAUCAAGGGAAGUGAUGACAGUGGACGUGCUUAGGAGACCGUCAGGCUCCCAGGCAGGAUUGGGAGGACGGUCCCCUGCCGUUGUGAGAGGGCUUGUGGGAUCUUAGUUCCCUGAACUGGGCCCCAGGCAGUAGAAGUGCAGAGUCCUAACCACUGGACCACCAGGGAAUUCCCUCCCUCACGUUCUCUUGUAGGGAAUAUCCAUCCCACAAAGCUCAGGAUCAGAGAAAGCCCCAGGGCAGGAAGCUAUAGAGUUAUGAGGCAAGAGACCUGCAUGAAGCUUGUGUAAAUCUAAGAAAGUGAUGGCUGAGCAGUGGCUGAGUUAAAGGGCUGUGCGUCCAAAGGCUGUGAAGGCUGAUGGGUUGCCCCUGCCAGCACUGGAGGCCGACACCCCUUUGGACCGCGGGGAAGAUUUGAACCACAGAAGCCUUUAGGUGAGAGAAAAGCACCCUUCUUUCUUCUGGAAGCUCUGCCCUCCUUCUCUGAGGGAACUUCUCUGCCCAUGCAGCUGUUAGUCCCACGGGGCUCUUGUCAGUCCUUUGUCUCAGGACAUUUAAUGUGGGCUUUCUGUCACACGGGACUAAAAGUAAAGGAGCUUCCAUCCCCCACUCCUGGACUCCUUCUUGUGUCCUGCUCAGGGUUCUGACCUGCCCGACUUCACUUCUAAGCUCCUGACCUGUCAGAGGCCCAAAUGAAACCACACAAAUUCUUGACGUGUCCAGCACAGUUUUGAUGGAAUGGCCCUUUGCACUUCCUGCAAGGCUCUGCUACCAAAUAGACCCUAAGGCCUGCAGCCCCCUGGCUUCUUGGGGCCCUGGAGGGCUGGGAGUCAGCGCAAAGUUUUGGAAGAGAACAGAAUCCAGCACAAGAUAAAAAUUUGCAGAACAAAGAAUAACGUUUGUCCUGUUGACGGUUUACCUGACCUAUGUGGACAGUCGCAAGAACAAAGGAUUUCAACCCCCGGAAGUUGGCAACAACCAACCACACCCCCUCCCCUUUUACUAAAAAAGAAGCCUGAAUUCUAACUUAGGUAAGAUGGUUCUUUGAGACAUUAGUCCACCAUCUUCUUGGUCUGCUGGAUUUCCAAAUAAAGUCACUAUUCCUUGCCCCAACACCUCAUCUCUAGAUUUAUUGGUCUGUCGUGUGGCGAGCAGUACAAGCUUGGACUCGGUAACAGUAGGAGGGGCCUCGGGCAUCUGCUUUUCCUGCACCCUGAGCUGGGAUGCCCCAAUUGCUUUGGGGCAGAGGACAGAAGUCUUAAAAGAGCUUGGCACAAACUGUGUGGGAUUUUUUGAGAGAUGGAAGAGAGAGAGUAUGGUCAGGUCAGCCACUGGUUCUGCCCUGAGAAGGGUGGUAUGAGGCUGAGCUGUGUCCACUAGGACACUGAGACCUGCUUCUCUGUCCCUGGGAAUGUUGGGGAAAGGAAGGAGGAGGAGGUGGCAAGACCCUGGAGGGGGUAUGGCCUGGCCCCUUUUCUGGAUGCCUCUUCCUCCUCCUCUUUUAAUUUAUUCUUUUCCUCCUCUGCUAACUCCUCUUUCUUUCAGACCCUCCCCAAGGCUGGACUAUGCCCAGGAUGGGCCACAACAGGGCAAGACUGUCCUCCCUGCAAAAGGGAUGGGUCACCACCAUUUCCCAGUCCUCGAGAUCUCAGGAAGAUGCUGGGACAGGAAGGGGAGAUCUGUCUGUAUGCAGCAGAGCCUUGAUCAUGAAGCAGGAAAACUAGAUUUGCCCUUGUUUCUGCUUCUGAAGGCUGUGUGACCCCAGACAGGACACUUACCUUUUCUGGGCCUCUUCCUUGAAACUGCAAAUAAUACCAGAUGGGGCAUUGUAUUGGGAUAUGGGUUCAUGUCUGUUGACAUAGCUGAUUGCUAAAAUUCGCAACCUUUGGGCAAUACAGGCAGAUGAUAUUAUUGUUAUUGUUGUUGUUUUUGUUAUUAUUCUGUUACAGAUGAAGAACCUGAGACUCAGGAAGCCUAAUGACUCACAGAAGGUCACCAGCUGGUCAGCAGCAGAGCUUCUAGACUGGAAGCUCCCUGAGGGCAGAGGCUGUGUUUCUGUCACACUGUAUCCCAGCAUGUUGAGAGAUAGGUGGCACAGAGCGGGGUCUCAAAAAAUCAUUGAGCACGUUUAAGUAAAUGGAUGAUUGAUGAAUGAAUGUGCCAGGUUGAAACCUAAGUUUGUCUGAUUCUAAAGCCUAUGAUUGUUCUAUUAUGUCUUAUCUAUAUGAUAAUAAUUAUUUUAGCAAUAGUUAUUAUUAAUUCCUUACUAUGGGCAGGGCUGGAACUUGGGAAUGGUUAGUGAGGUACUGACCUUGAGCACAAAAUUUAAGGGGGCACCAAAAAAAAAAAACCUCAGUAAUCAACAUAAAUAACAUUUUAAUAAAAUGUCAAAAUUUUAAAUAAAGACAGGAUCAGUAACAGUACUAUGCCAAGCCAUAUUGGAGCCUGAGGCAAAAGGAAAAAUCAGCGUGAGCUUUCGAUUGGGCAACCUCCUUCCUCUCCCCAAAGACAUGUCAAAAGAGUAAAUACUACUCAUACCGGCAUGAUACCACCUUGAUACAGAUUCACAAAGAAGGCCUUACUACCGCUGUGGAACAGAUGCGGAAGCUGAGGGUCAGCAAGGCUAAACGAGGCACAGAAGGUCACAAGCUGACCAAUGCGGAGCUUCCAGACUGAGGCGUCCUACGAACAGAUGUGUCUGCUUCUGCCCACUGCUGCAUUCCAGGAUGUUGCCUGAGCCUCAGAGUUCCUAUAAAGAAGGGCUCCCAACUCAGUAUCAGCACAGAGCACAGAAGGGUUCUGAAGCUUCUGGGUUCUGCAGUCCGAGCUCCAGGCAAGUCUCUCCUCAACCAAGACCAUGAAGCUCUGCCUGACUGUCCUCUCCUUCCUCGUGCUCUCAGCUGCUUUCUGCUCUCCGGCUCUCUCAGCACCAAUGGGCUCAGACCCUCCCACUGCCUGCUGCUUCUCUUACACCCUGCGGAAGCUUCCUCGCCACUUUGUGAUCGAUUAUUACGAGACCAGCAGUCUCUGCUCCCAGCCAGCUGUCGUAUUCCAAACCAAAAAGGGCAGGCAGGUGUGCGCCAACCCCAGUGAUCCCUGGGUCCAGGAGUACAUGGAUGACCUUGAACUGAACUGAGCUGCUCUGAGGCCGGGGCAAGUGUUCUGCAGGAAAGAUCACCUGAGCCCGACGCACCCUCUCCACACUCACGACCCCUCCCGGUCGUCCCUGUUCCUUCUCUUAAUUUAAUCUUUAUUACGUACUAUGUUAUUAUUGUAUUUGGUGUUGUUUCCCACUAUUUAUGUUUGUUUUGCCAAAGGACAUGUGUCCCCCAUGGGGAUGGUCCACCAUCACUGUUUCUCUGCUAUUGCGGAUACAUGGAUAAUG